GUGCACUUGUAGCACAGAGGGAAGGAAAAGGGAGGUGCGCAGGUGUGACAUCACGAGGAGGAAACGCAGGUGAUCAGGAACAGUAUAAGUAGAGGGCGAAUGGAAUGCAUGGGCCUCAUCCAGGGAAGGACGGGCUCGGCGCUCACAAGUCAGCCGGCAUGUUGCGACACCUCAGGGGCGUGUGCCUCCUGGUCCUCUGGCUGGCCGCCGGGGGCAGGGCGCUCCAGAUCACCGCACAGCGGGAGGGAUGCCAGACGCCGGAGUCCGCCGGCAAACCUCCGUGCCCGGCCAUGAGGAAGUGGAUGAGUCUGGUGAGCAACGUGGAUCAGGGCAUUAAGACGUCUGACAAUGAAACCAUUCUUGAGGGGCCGCAUGUCUUGGGCAAAAUCAAAGGGACGCCAGAAUACGGCUGCAUCCUGAAGCAAAUAUUUGAGUUCUACGCUAAAGUCCUGGCGGUGGGACAGAGGAAAGGAGGAAACUACACCGAUCUGAGCCACUUACUCGGCCGUCUAAAGAGGUGCCUGCUCAAGGUUCACUGUCCUGGGUUGUGCAAAAAAAUCAACAGACAAGCAAAGAAGCAAACUGUGGAGGUGGACAAUGUGAGCGACCUCAGCCCCAGACAACUGGCCAUGUUUCAGAUUCAAAAGCUUCAGGGAGCGAAGAGACGACUGGCUAAGGACCUGGGGACUCUGGAGAAGGCCAUCGUGGAGCUCAAAGGCCUCCAGUUCUAUGACAGCAACGCGGAGGUGAGAGUGGGCACGUGCCCCACGAAGGCACCGUAAGGGAGACGGAACACGUUACUCUGCUCGGGUCAGCAAGCGCUUAAAUCUUUUUCUAUUUAAAAAAAAAAAAAAAAGCUUAAGAGAGGAAAAUGUUAACCUCGUCAAACAUGCUGCAGUACUCGCAAGAUGCAUAUUGCCGAAACCAGUGAAAAAAAAAAAAAUCACAGUUUCAGUUCUGGGUCAAAGUUUUCAUUUCAUGACAUGAUGAAGGUCGCAUAUUUGUAAUUACAAUUAUUGUUGCCAUUUAUCUAUUAUGAAACAUUCUAUGGUAUAUGCUAAGUUUGUACUAUUUUUACAUUGAAAAAUAUUUAUGUGUAAUGAACAAUCUUUGCCAGACACAAAGUUCCAAUGUUCGGUCACUUGUGAAUUUUUUAUUUCAUGGUAUUUUGUUAAAUUUUUAAAAAUAAUAAUGUCAUUUUAUACGGUAUUUCAUAUUUGUGUUUUGAUAUCUCUGGGUUUUCCAUAAAUUCUAACUGUGGUGAAUGUAUUUCUUGGACUCAUACAUGCUAUGAUGGCUCAUCAGUUUGCCUUCUGAAUGUAAGAAAUUCCUCUUAAACUUCAACUGAUAUUUAUCGUAUGCUGUUGUACUAUAGAGUCAAUAAGAUUUUAUUGAAGGCCAGAGGUAAUGUACUUUCAGUGAAAGACAGAAUAUCUGCGGGCAGAAAUGAUUAUAUGCUAAUAAGAAUUUUCUACAUCACUGAAAAAAUAUUUUUCCACGAGAUACUGAAUGUAUAUUAAUGAGCACAAUGUCUGUAUUACUGUGUGAUGAACUCAGGACUGUCUUUGUCAGCUUUACAUGAAGAAAUAAAGCUUGCCUUUGUAUUUA